UAAAUACAACACAAACUGAUUGAUAAAUACAGUAAACAAAUCAAUGUUUUGAUUGAAAAAGUUGUCAAUUGUUUUAAUUAAAUCAAUACUUGAAUUGAAUGUCCGUCGGUUUUAAGACCUUUGCGGCCACUGUCCGGGCCGUCAACGGCGCCAAUAAUAGCAAAAAGUUUGUGUCCAAUCGAUCUGCGAUUGUUUUGACGGAAGCGGCGGUCAAACGGAUCAAGAGGUUGAUUGAAGGCAAAGACGGUGUCAUUGGACUCCGCAUUGGUGUCAAACAAAGAGGUUGUAAUGGUUUAAGUUAUUCUCUCGAUUAUGUAAAACAAAAGCAAAAGUUUGAUGAAGAGGUCAUUCAAGACGGUGUUCGGGUAUUGAUUGAUUCAAAGGCACAGUUGUCUCUAUUGGGCACUGAAAUGGAUUUCGUUGAGACAAAGCUUUCAUCUGAGUUUGUCUUCAACAACCCUAACGUGAAGGGAACGUGUGGUUGUGGCGAGUCUUUUACCAUUUAAACAAUAGUA